AUGACAGGCACUGAUUAUAAUAAUGAUCUAUCGCAGACAACGGGGGAUGUUGUAAACGGCCAACAAAAUGCAAUGCCUCAAGAUAAGAGUUCAACCAAUUGGCCGCCUAGUGACAAUAGUGGUGUUAUAUAUAUUUCGCGAAUCCCCCCUAAAAUGAAUCCAUCUAAGUUGAGGUCAUUGCUUACUGCAUUUGGUAAGAUCAACCGGAUAUACCUCAUGCCCACAAAGUAUACCAAAAAGGUUGGUCGAAAUUUGGUCAGCAAGCGGCGAAUAGACCUCUUUUCCCAAGGUUGGGUGGAGUUUUAUGAUAAACGGGAUGCUAAAGCUGUUGCUAACCAGCUAAACGCGACGAUUAUAGGCGGAAAAAAACGGAAAAAUAAAUGGCACGAUGAUAUGUGGACAAUCAAAUACCUCCCCAAGUUCAAAUGGAGACACUUGCAAGAAUACAUGCACUCUAACAAAGAGAGGGACAAGGCAGACAUACAACAGCGUAUUAUUAGCUUGAAACGGGAAAACGCCCACUACCUUGAACAGCUAGAGGCUGAGAAGAGGAUCAUUAAAAUAGGCGAGAAAAGGAGGAAAAAUAACAAGGAUUUUAGUUUUGGGGUAAAGCCAAAACACAAAGUCAAUCCUACGAACACAAGUGUAUCCAGUAAACUAUUGCAAGUCAUUGCAUCGUAG